AAACUCAAAAUUCACUAAUCACAUUGUAAAGAACUAGUUUUCCUGUUUCCUUUUGCACCCUUUUAGGCCAGAAAAUAUAAAAAUGAGUUGAAAAUUUCAGGAUUGUGUUUUUUAGCCUAAAUUAUUAUUCCAUAUAAGGGAUAACCUGUACUUUAUGGAUUCACCAUUACAUAUAUAUGGACCAUGUUCCUUAUAUAUACAUAUUCAGAUUACUCCUUAUAUUAAAUUUGACUCAAUUAGCAUCAAUAGAGACAUUAAUCCUGUCAAUAAAGAAAUUAAUCAACAUUGAAAAACGCUUCAACUCUUGUCAAGUCACAAGACUCACAAGUUCCUGUCCAUAUUCCCUGUGAUUAGCCGCAUGCACUUCAUGUGGAAACUCCCAAACAGUCUCACACUCAACACAUAAAAACCCUUCAAUUUUCCACUAACUAAUUGGUUUUCUGAUGUCAAAAAAAAAAGGUGUUUUUCUGGUAACCCAAAAGUCUCUAGCAUGCAUGCAACUCUUCAACUCCCACCAAAAUCAAUGUACUUUACCAGUAUAAUUAAUAAUCAAUCCCUCUGUUUUCCUAAGUUCUACUCACUGAUUAUGGCUCCCCUAUAAAUACCUACCUAGUUCUUUAGCUUUUCAUCAUCUUCCAUUUCAUUCCUGACAAAAAAGAAAAAUGGGAUUCAAAAACAAGCAAAAAUCAAACAACAAUAAGCCUUCAUCUUUGUUGGAGAGGAACAUGAUAUUCCCCCAAGACACCAUGUCCCUUGUUGGAGAGGAACAUGAUAUCCCCCCAAUCACCGUCCUUCCACCACCACCACCGCUCAUCUCCUCCUACAACGACCGCAUCCGCCCCCUCCUCGACGCAGUUGACAAACUCCGUAACCUCAAAGUCAUGAAGGAAGGAAUUCAACUCCCAACUAUCGUCGUAGUUGGUGAUCAAUCCUCAGGGAAGUCAAGUGUGUUAGAGUCUUUAGCUGGGAUCAGUCUCCCUAGAGGACAGGGUAUUUGCACCCGGGUCCCACUAAUCAUGAGGCUUCAGCAUCACCCGAACCCGGACCCGGAACUAUUUCUUGAGUACAUGGGUAAAAAUGUCAAGACUAAUGAAGCUCAUGUCUCUGAAGCUAUCAACUCUGCUACUCAGGAAAUUGCAGGUACUGCUAAAGGGAUUAAAAACACUCCCAUAACCUUAGUGGUGAAGAAAAAUGGUGUUCCUGACUUGACCAUGGUUGAUCUUCCUGGUAUAACACGGGUCCCGGUCCACGGGCAGCCGGAAAACAUAUAUGAGCAGAUAAGGGAAAUCAUAAUGGAGUAUAUUACUCCAGAAGAAAGCAUAAUUCUGAAUGUUUUAUCAGCUAAUGUCGAUUUUUCAACGUGUGAGUCUAUUAUGAUGUCUCAAAGUGUGGAUAAAUCAGGUCAGAGGACUCUAGCUGUUGUAACCAAAGCUGAUAAGUCCCCUGAAGGCUUGCUAGAAAAGGUGACCAAUGAUGACGUCAGCAUUGGUCUUGGUUAUGUAUGUGUCCGGAACAGGAUCGGAGAAGAAUCAUACGAGGAGGCGCGGUUGGAGGAGGCAAAUCUGUUUGAGUCCAACCUUUUGCUGUCAAAGAUUGAUAAGUCGAUUGUUGGUAUACCAAUUUUAGCUCAAAGAUUGGUGAAUAUACAAGCUGCAAUAAUCUCUAAAUGUUUGCCAAACAUUGUCAAGCAAAUCAAUGAUAAGUUGAACUCAAAUGUUGAUGAGCUUAAUAAGAUGCCUAAAAACUUAUCUUCUGUAGCUGAAGCUAUGGCAGCCUUCAUGCAGGUUAUGGGGUUGGUGAAGGAAUCUCUUCGAAAGAUUCUUAUACGAGGUGAAUAUGAUGAGUACCCUGAAGAUGUUGAGAUGCAUUGUACUGCUCGUUUAGCUGAGAUGUUAGAUGGGUUAUCUUCUUCAACAAAGAUAACAGAGAAGGAUAAUGAUGAGGUUAAGUCUGGUAAUUUCUUACUCGAAGAAAUUCAUGUUCUUGAAGAAGCUAAAGGAAUAGGGCUACCUAAUUUCCUCCCUCGAACAGCUUUUCUGACAGUAUUGCAGAAGAAAGUUCAGGGGAUUUCACAGACUCCUGUUGAUUUCAUGAACAAGGUUUGGGGUUACAUAGAGGGUGUGCUUUUUGCGGUUUUAGUUCGUCAUUGUGAAAAUUACCCAACACUUCAGUGUUCUAGCAAAAGAGCAGCUGGUAAUCUGAUUGCUAAGAUGAAAGAAGAGUCGAUUUUCCGUGUUAAGGAGAUUGUUCAGAUGGAGAAGUUAGCUGAUUAUACUUGUGACCCUGAAUAUAUAUCUGUUUGGAAUCAGCUUAUGCUGCGUCAGGAUACCUUCCUCAAAAUUGUGCAAGGUAAUAAGGUAACUUCCAUGGAAAUUGAAGGGGUUGGAAGUGUUGAUCUUGCACAUGUAGAGAAGUAUAAGGAUGUAGCUUUGCAAGCAUUUGACAUGAAGAUGAGAAUGAUUUCUUACUGGAAGAUUGUACUAAAGAGGUUGACUGAUUCCAUGGCGCUUUACUUACUUUUCAGCAUUCACAACUUGGUGAAUGAGGACUUGGAGAUUGAGAUUGUGAAUGAGUUGAUUGGUUAUGGUGGAGGGGUUGAGAGGAUGCUGGAAGAAUCGCCUUCUGUAACAGGGAAGCGUGACAGACUGCUGAAAAGUAUCAAGUUGCUUAAGGAAUCGAAAGAAGUGCUUGCUAAGAUCAUGGACAUGAUUGCAGUCAUUGAGUGAAUGAAUCCUGAUAUCAACAGUGGAGUGAUGAAUGUGUCUUUUAUCAUAUGGUUUUAGUUUUAUGGCUCUUCUUAUAUUUUUCUUCCAAAAAUAAGGUGCAAGUCUUCUAUUUAUGGUUAUGAGUAUUUUAAAUUUUGAUCAAUAUGGAUGUUAUUGCUGAUAAUAUCAGUGUUAGUCUGAAGUAUUUCUUUCUUACAAAGUA